AUGGAGUCAGGUGGUAAUGUUGAUAAUAUUAGUAAUGGAAUAGGAGGUGGCUCAAAUUAUGGAUCAUACAGUGCAGGAUCACCGUUACCUUUACCAAACCUUCAAGAUUUAUUCAGUAUCGAUACUAAAUGCCAAAGUCAAUAUUUACAAUCAAAAAUUAGUACCAAUUAUGAUUCUGUUAAACAAUCACUAAAAGAAGCAACAGAAAAAAAAAACUCAUCAAAAAUUUAUACAUCACUCCAAAAUUUAACCUAUUAUAAAAUAGAAAAAGAUUUACUAGAAACCAUUCUCCAAAUUAUAAAUAUUACAGAUGAUAAGAAAACAUUACGUUUAGCAUAUUACUUUUUAGGUGAAAUUUCACAAUAUAAACAUUUAAUUAAUAACUCAGCCGAAAUUAAAAAUAUACAAACAAUAUUUAAUAAAGAAAUGCAACAUAAAGAUAUAUCUAGAAAAGUAGUAUCACUUAAAACCACAGCUUUAGUUGCACCAAAUGAUGUUUUAGUAGAUUCAAAUAUUUUGGAAACCAUUUCUGGAAUUUUAAGAAAAGUAGGUGAAGAUGUAGAUAAGACUCAAAAGAAAAAAGGAUUUUUCUCAAGGGCAACAUCAGAUUUAGGUAGAGAAAGAUCAUUGUUACAAUACUCAUGUUUUGUAGCAUGUAGAAAUAGAUUUAAGAACAACCCAACAUUAUUUAUGCCAAUCGUUGAAGGUAUUAAAUGUUCAGAUCCAGUAGGUGCAAGACACUCAGUAUCAUUAACAUUUGACUAUGCGCUAGAGAAUCCAUCAACUGUUUCAGCCACAACAAAAAGAUUUAUUCCUCUUUUAAAAGCCAAUAAAGGCAAAGAAGCAGUAUAUUUAGUCGACCCAUUUGCAAGAAGAAAUUUUAUAAAGCUAUGUGGACAUUUAGGCACAACACCAGAAAAUAAAGAUUUCUUCCAAAGUAUUUGUCAAAGUGUAAUGGACUCUCAUUUAUCAGUAUCAUUUUGGGCAAUUAGUACACUAUGUAAAUUUUCAUGGCCAACCUUAGAAUCUGCUCAUAUUGAAGCCAUACAAUAUGAUGCUGAAAUGCCACACUAUGAAUCAUUAGCAUUCCAAUGCUCAUUGGUUGUUGGUAUUUGUAAUAAAAUGAAAGCUGGGUUUUCUAUUCACAGUGCUGGUGCAUCGUCUUCUUCAUCAAGUGUUAUUGGUGGUAGCAGUAUUGGUGCCUCAUCAUCUUCCUCUUCCUCAUCUCAACAACAAAUUUUACAACAACAACAACAACAGCAAUUACAACAACAACAACAACAGCAAUCCAAUCCAUUCCUUCAUUUAGCUUGUAAAUUAAUAUCAGCACUCUCUCAAUCAUUUGUAAAAUAUUCCUAUCCAAAAGAUCCAAAAACCCAACAACCAAUUGUUGGUGAUUGGAGUUUUGAUGAAAAGCUUUUCAAUAGUCAAUCGGUCUAUCCAUAUCAUCAUAAUCAAUCUCCAUUUACUGGAACACCAGUAAACUAUUUAUCUGCCAAUGGACCUACAAUUCUUCAAAGCUCCUCCACUCAAGGUAAUACAAAUAGUGUUGCUCCAACUCAAAACAAUGUUAAUUUAAACUUACCAAAUGGUAUUACCUCUGCUAAUAUUACUGCUGCAUCAUUCCCAACAUCAACAUCAUCAUCAUCAAAAGAUACUCAUCCAUUUUCAAGUUUAACUCCAUUAAUUUUAAAUCUUUUAAAUAUUACCCCAAGUAUUUCAAUUAGAAUUCAAGCAUUAAAAGCAUUAGUUUGGUUAUGUCCCUCCAAUUUAGAGCAGUCAAAGCUUUAUCUUGAAGCAUUUAGAACUCAAAUCCGUGAUCCAUAUCAUCCAACCCAUUUAUUUAAAGAACUAUUCCUCGAACUUUACAAGAGAAUCAUUGCCUCACCAAUACUCUCACCAAUGUUAUUAGCUCUUAUUUACGAUUGGAUCGAUAUUAUUCCAUAUAAAACAGAUGUUAAUUUAAUCGUAGAAAUUUGGAAAACCAUUGUAGAUUUUGGUAAAGUUGCAAGAGAGAAACUUUUACAAUCAAUCUUUAAGAUUCUCGAUCGUUCAGUACACCCAGACUUCCGUGUUGUUUCUCUAGAAAUUCAAAAAGAAAUUAUUAAAUUUUUAGGUGAUUUUUCGAAUACCAUCACCUACGAAAACCCAUAUCGUUAUGAAAGUAUUAAACAAAAUCGUUCAGGUGCCAAUCAAUCAAACUCAACCUCAAAUAUGUCUUUAAAUUCAAUCAUUCUACGUCUCGAAGAAUAUGCUAUCUUUAGUCCAUGGCAAAUUAGAAUGGAGGCUGUAGAUGCAUUAGCCAAAAUUGCUUUCCUCUCCUCGACUGUUGUAAAAAUACACAUCUAUAACUUUUUAAAUAGUGCACCAAAUGAAUCCCAUGGUUGGACUUGCGUUAAGUCAAAUACCUCAAUCAUUAUCAAUACAAUCGAUCAACUUUUAACACUUAGAGCCAAAUGGUUACCUCAAUUAAAAGGCACCUCGUUAUCAACAAACCAAAUUAGAGAAUUAAAAAAUGAUCAUACAAACCUUUGUUUACAAAUUGGUUUGUUCUUUGAUCAACUAUCUUCCGACUAUUUACCUCUAGGUAUCGAAUCUAAAAAUUUAAUUUUUUCAAAAUAA